GCGGCGGCGGCCAUGGUGCGCCGGCGGAGAGCGAAGGCGGCGGCCGCGGGCCAGCGCAGGGCUCCCGCCGCGCUCCCCAGCCCGGCCUCCUCCUCGGAGGACGAGGCCCCGGAGGAGGUGCCCUUCGGCGUGGCCAGAGAGGCGGCCGCGGCCGAGCGGAAGCUCGUGGGGGAGGCGGCCCGGAGGCACCGGGAGCUGCUGAAGGAGAAGCGGCGGCGGCACCAGGAGCUGUUCGCGGAGCAGAAGAAGCACAGGCUGCUGCCCGAGGCCGUGCUGCAGGAGCUGCAGGAACUGCAAGAGCUACAGGAGCUGCAGGAUGUGUCCACACGGCCCGCUGAGCAGGCUGCGGCAGAUGACCCAGGUGAAGAACUUGAAGCUGGGGCUGUACAGCUGGAGCAAGGCCAGGCCAAAGUGCAGAAGAAGAAAGGCAAGAGGAGCAAGGGUGCCAGGACAAAAGGCAACUACGUGGCUGUGUGCUUGAAAGACCACAGUGUAACAGGCCUCCACCAGCAGCUGGCCAAAGACUUCCUAAAUGCUCAGCUCUAUGGGCCACACACCAACCGGGUACAGGCAAAUGAAUUUUUUUCCCUUGCCAACAAGAGAGCCUCAGUCAAAAAAGCUGCAGUUCAGUUUGUGGACAAGUCUUGGGGGCAAGAUAAAAAGGAAAAAGCAACAAGGUUUAAGAAACGUUGGCUGGCAUCACAGAUUAAAAAUGGACUAUGACAGCUUUUUCAGAAGAUGCUGCUAAGGACUUUCAGUGGCAGUUCUCUCAACCCAACAGAGGUGUUUUUCCCCAUUCACCAUCACUUUGCUUUCAGCUGCAGCCAGCAGAAGGCACCAAGCUGUGCCUGAUCAACUUCCCUGUUCUCUCCCUUUCAGAAGUUCUUGGGGAAGCCACAGAGCAGCCAGGCCAGUGUUGUAGAACAGCUGCUGCUAGUUCCAGGCUUGCUGAGCUGCCUCCGUGAGGCAAUGCCUUUGCAGAGAAUAAAGUGAGCAGUGUUGUACCUACUAUUGUGGAUGCUGCAUUCCUUAUACCAGGCAGUUAUUCCUGCUGCUUCAGUGACUUGUGUCUGUAACAGCAGAAUCAUUAAAUUGGCUCCCACAGCA